AUGACACAAAUGAGGUUAUCUUCAGAAAUAUUAUUAUUCUUCUUAGCAUAUCUUGCUAGCUUUAUGAUUUGUAAUUCCGCCUUACCACCAUCGAAUGAAACAACAUUUGAAACAGUAAAACAAAUUCCUAUUCAACCAUCCGUUGAACAUAUUUUUAAACAAGUUGAUCAAGUUGAAAAAGAACAAUUAAGCCUAUUGAAUGAGAAUAGCACUGCUGUUAAAAAUGAACCAGAGACAAUGAUUAUUGCACCUGUACGUUUUAAUCGUUUACGACGUUAUUUUCGUCAUCGAAAGCGUAUGAUGAGAGCUCAAUAUCGAAUGAUGAGAUUACAAAGACGACUAUAUCGUCGACAUUAUCGUUAUGGUUAUGGAUAUGGUGUUCCGUUUAAAAAAUAA